GAAACUAACCGACCAACCGGAGCAGCAGCAGCAGCUGCCAUUCAGCUCCUUUCACCGCGGGCUCCGUACGCCUCAGUAAUAGAUCACUGCUGAGUCUUUGAGAGGACACAGAGACACAGAGGACAGACUGAGGAGGCGGUGGCGCUUUUCUCCCCCCUGUGCUGCACUUGCACACAACCUGACUCGCGGUGUUCCUGCGCACAUCCGACCUGAAGGAAGUUAGUACCUAGUUUGCGCGACAGCCAGGCUUCACUUUUGCGCGUGUGUUGUGUUUUUCUCACACCACUCGAGAGAUUUAUUGUCACUACCAGGACUUUUGGACAAGUCUCAGUCAGACCUGUUUGUUAGUGUGUUUUGAAAUUUCCUUUCAAACAGGUAUUGGGACUUUCUUUUUUUUUAAAUGGAGUUGCUCACAGUCUUGGGGCGUGUCAGUGCGCAGCUCUUCCCAGCUUUGUUCCUUUGGUGUAUGCCAUCCAUCUCACCAUGGACAGCCUGCUGAGCGGGGCCAAUAAAGGAGCUGGGGCUCUUGAGCCCGACACAGACCUCACCACGUCAUAGAUGCCACUUGCUGUCUUUACCCCCGUUUGACUGACUGUUGGGGAAACAACAAAGUGUAAAUUCCUCUUAGCUUGCACAAAGGAGCCAUGCACCCACUGCUGCUCUCCCUCAGUGUCCUUUGGCUGCUACCUCUGGCCUUGACACUGGAAGAAGACUCGCCGCUGGACUGCGUCCCCCGCAAAUUUAUCCUCUAUCAUGGGGUCAACGCUCACCUGUUUCAUGAGGACGGAGUGUUCAACUACUCCACCAUGUUGUUGAGAGAAGAUCUGGAUCUGCUAGUGCUGGGUGCCAGAGAGGCUGUGUAUGCUCUUGACCUCAACGACAUCUCCAAGAAACGUGCCUCAGUGAAAUGGAGAGUGACGGCAAAGCAGAAAUCGGAGUGUCAAAACAAAGGGAAAGAUCCUGAGCUGGAGUGCAAGAACUAUAUAAGGAUAUUGCAUACGAUGGAGGACAAGAGGAUGUUUGUUUGCGGGACCAAUGCUUUCGAUCCAGAGUGUGAUUACAUGUCCUAUUCAGACGGAAAGCUGAUUCUGGAGGAUAAAAGAGAGGAUGGCAAAGGGAAGUGUCCGUUUGAUCCUGUACAGAGAUACGCCUCCGUCAUGGAUGAUGAUAACCUGUACUCGGCCACUUCCAUGAACUUCCUGGGAUCCGAACCUGUCCUGAUGCGCAGCUCUCCCAUCUCCAUACGCACCGAGUUCAAGAGUUCCUGGCUUAAUGAGCCCAGCUUCGUUUCCAUGGCUCAGAUGCCAGAGAGUGAGAACAAUGAGGAGGGAGACGAUGACAAGGUUUACCUGUUCUUCAGUGAGAAGGCUGUCGAGUGCGAUUGCUACAACAAACUGGUGGUCUCCCGUGUGGCCCGUGUCUGCAAGGGGGAUCUUGGAGGUCAGAGAACUUUGCAGAAGAAGUGGACAUCCUUCCUGAAGGCUAGAAUGGACUGUCCGGUGCUGGAGUCUCAGCUGCCAUACAUUAUUCAGGACACUUACCUUUGGUGUGAUCCCCAGCACUGGAGGAACUGUUUGUUCUACGCCAUCUUUACGCCACAGUCGGACACAUCAGACCUGUCUGCUGUGUGUGUGUUCCGGGUGUCGGACAUUAGCAGAGUGUUUGCAGAGGGGAAAUACAAGACUCCAGUCCCUGUAGAAACCUCUUUUGUUAAGUGGGUGAUGUAUAGUGGAGACAUCCCUGUCCCUCGGCCUGGAGCUUGUAUAAACAAUGAGGCUCGUAAAGCGGGUAUAACUCAGACUCUGGACCUCCCAGACCGGACUCUUCAAUUUGUAAAAGAUAGGCCCCUCAUGGACCAGGUUAUCCAGCCAAUAGGAGAGAAGCCCCUGCUGGUGCGAAGGGGAGCUACGUUCACACGCAUCAUCGUGAACCAAAUGCAGGCUGCAGAUGGCGAGAAGUACCACGUGAUGUUUAUCGGCACAGAGAAAGGCACCUUGCUGAAAGCAGUGAACUAUGAUGGAGAGAUGUUCAUCAUUGAGGAAAUUGAACUUUUCCCGUCCCAAGAGCCAAUCAAAAUCCUCAAGUUUUCUAAUGUCACGCGUCAGCUGUAUGCAGGGUCAGACUCUGGAGCAGCACAGAUACCACUGGCCAGUUGUGAGAGGUCCUCUUCCUGUAUGGACUGUGUUCUAGCAAGGGACCCAUACUGUGGCUGGGAUAAAAGUCUUGGGAAAUGUGUUGCUCUUUCUGAGUCACAAAGAGAGCUAAUCCAAAGUGUGAAAGAAGGAAAUGGCUCUCUUUGCUCAAAUGCACGUCCAAUCAAACCAACAAAUCAGUCCAUCUGGCCAGGUGGGAACGUGAAGCUCAGCUGCCCUAAGCCUUCUAACUUGGCGAAAACCAGCUGGAAGCGGGACAACCUCCCUCUGACUCCUUCAGAGCGGCUUCAGCUGCUGGAGGAUGGACUGCUCAUCCUCAACGCUUCACUCAGCGAUGCUGGUCGAUACCGCUGUCUAUCUGUGGAGCACUCGAAAACCGACAAGUACACAACUACUGUGGCCGAGUACCAGCUCACAUUAGAUCCAGCAGGCUCAGGCAAUGGUGGUCACAGAGUGUUUCCUCAGGCUCAGAGGGACGGCCCCUCUGUGGCCGGACUGCAGGUCGUAGUCGCACUCCUUGUAAUUUCUCUUCUUGUCCUUUUGGCUUGGAACUUUUACAAAGGGCACCUGCCUCUUCCGUGGAAAUGUGGGAAGAAAAAUAAACAAUCCCAGGGGUCCUGUGAGGAGGAGGGUGUAAACUCUGCUGCACACUACCAAGGAGCACAGAAGCCUGCACUGGCAGAGGACAAGCUCCUGGUGUCUGGAACAGGCAGCAGCAGCAGAAACAAUAACCACACCAGAGAGGGGGCAGCGUUUAGCGCUGCAGGAGACGAGAAUGACCUGCCAGAUGUUAACCAAUCACUGAAUUACAUAGACGAUGAGUCUGAAAUUUGAAAAUGACUGAGCAGUUCUAUCAAAUUAAUUAAUGACAGUGCAACAAAACAAGUGUUUCUGGCUUUGCCAGAAGGUUGGAGUGAACAACCUUUCCGUGUUGAAGUCUCGUUUUCAGUGGACACAAACUGAGACACCAAAAGAUUCUUAAGGUUUUUGUACAUGCUUUCAUUUCUUUUAUUUUAAUAAUGCAUGUACAUUUUCUGUUUUAGCUAAUUAUUCUCUAACUAUCCUAAAGAUUCCAAUGUUUUGUGAAGAUUGGUUUGCUUUCAUAGGGAAUGUACAAUACCUUAAAAUGAGCCAAUUUGUUUUAACCACGAGUUGUAGAGGUUUUGUUUUAUUGUAUUAAACCUUUUUCUACCUGA